UUUUGACACAAUUUCUAAUAAAUUACAAACAAAAAAGAUUUUCAUUUUUAUUUUUGUGCCGUUUAGGGAAAAUUUUCUUAAAUUAUUGCACUAAAACAAAGGAAAUUUGAAAUAAACAAAUUAUGAUUAGAUUAGUUUAAAAAAGUAGAUAAAUUUAUGAAAAAACUUUGGCAAAGAGAAAAAUUGAAAAAAUAUUAUGGCCAGCAGCAGCAAUCAUUUUGAGACACCCACAAUUGCAUCGAAUUCAUCAUCGAAUGCGGAGUUUUAUGAUGCAGAAAGUAAUGAUGAUAGUGAUACAUGUUGUGUUUUCAAGAGCUUAGCGGAAAUAGAAGUGAGGCGGAUAACUAAAGAAGGAAACUUAACAGAAGAAUUUUGCUGUGCUAAAUGUGGACGAAGUGUACAGGAACUUAUAGACAGGGAAAAGUUAAAAACAGAAGAACUAAAAACAAAUGCUUUAGAUAAAAUGCAAACACUAGCUGAAAUCGAACCUAUGGUAAAACAAGAACAACAUACAAAUAACACCAUCAAUGAUUCACGAGCUUUAGAAUCGAUUUCUGAAAGUGAUUCCUUCACCACACCGGAGCUUUCAAAAGACUCGAUUUUAGAGGUGUCACCGGAACAAAACAAAAGCAAUGCUACAAAUAACGCUUUAACAAACACAAAUUCCUUGAAUAGUGCCGAUAGUGCUCUAUUACAAGAUCCCAUAUGGCGUGGCCAUAAAAAACAUAUUUUCAUAUUGAGUGAGGCUGGCAAACCCAUUUACUCUCUACAUGGUUGCGAAGAUAAAUUGGCAAUACUAUUUGGCAUAAUACAGGCUUUAGUGAGUUUUGUGGAAAAUACUCAAGAUGUUUUAACGUCUAUACAUGCCCGUGGCAUACAGUUUGUGUUUAUGAUUAAAAGCCAUUUAAUAUUUGUUGCCGCCUCAAGGACAAACAUGAGUGUUACACAAUUGCAAAUGCAAUUAAACGAUGUUCACAAUCAAAUUCUAUCUACCCUAACUUUCACCCAAUUAACGAAAAUUUUCCAACAUCGUAAAAAUUUCGAUCUACGCCGCCUGCUAGAGGGUAGCGAGCGUUUAAUAAACAAUCUGUUGUUGAACGACAGUAGCAAUAAAAAAGUAACAAAUAAUGUUUUUACAUUUCUAACCAAUUCGAUAAGAUGCUUACCCAUGCAGUCGUCGACCCGUUCCAGUAUAGUGAGUGCGAUAAAGGAUAAUUGUAGUAAAAUUAAGAAUUUAGUAUUUGCCAUAUUAAUAGCAAAGAAUCGUUUAAUAUGUUUGGUGCGCAUGAAAAAGUAUUCAAUACAUCAAUCGGAUUUAAGAUUAAUUUUCAAUUUAAUCGAUAGUACGGAAUCAUUUAAAACCUCUGAAAAUUGGACACCCAUUUGUUUGCCAAAAUUCGAUAUGAAUGGUUAUUUGCAUGCUCAUGUUUCGUAUCUAGAAGAUGAAUGUCCGGCCUGUUUACUAUUGCUUACCGUCGAUCGUGAUGAUUUCUUUACGCUGUCGAGUGCUAAAAAAUCCAUUACAGAAAAAAUGAAACGUUCUCAAUGUUUGGAGAAUAUCAAUGAAUCAGUGCAGCAUAUAACAAAUCCAAAAUAUCAAUUAAAUGCUCAAAAUAUUGGCAUACCGGAAUUAAGACAUUUCAUUUAUAAACCCAAAUCAACUGCUCAAGUUCUCUGUUCAGAAUUAAUACCGCCCUAUAUAUCGCUGCCAGAAUUUGAACGUUUAGAGGGUAUUUACUGUGAUCUAAUGGAAAGAGUUCAUCAUUCAGCGAGACCGUUGAAAUUAAUAUUCGAAGCAAAAAGUAGUGAAGUUAUAUUGGCCUGGUCCACUGCUACCUAUGAGCUUUAUGCCGUUUUCGAACCCUUGACAAAGAAAAGUACUGUCAUUAAAAAUGUUGAUAAAUUAAUCAAAUGGAUUGAUAAGGAAUAUGAUACUUAUUUUAUACGUACUCAUCCAACAUUUUGAUUAUGGUCUGUCUUUGGAUGAUUGCUGUUCAUACAACAACAAGUAUUCGUUUAAAUUUGAAAUAUAGUGAUUAUAAAAACAACCACAACAAAAAAAGCAAUUCAACAAUUUUAAGUAUUCUUCAAAGUUUCCAGUUAAAAAUACAUUUAAAUCUGCUCAGCCAAUAAAAUCAAAUUUGCUGCUGUGGCCCUUGUGCUAUGGAAUUGUGUACAUUUAAAGAAACCAACAAAGUGAGUGUCGUCCCUGCGUGUUUGUAUGCAAAAAUUGUGUAUUUUAAAUAAAAUGUAUAUAAUUAUUAAA